GGUACGAGGAAUUGGAGAAGCCAAAAAAAGUAAGCUCUUCAAAUAGCAGUAUUUUAAUAGAAGGGCUCUCGUGCCUUAUCGAACUAGAAAAUGCCUACUUCGAGUCAGUAGUAAUGAAGCAUGUUUUGGUGGUGACCGCUAACCUUAGAAGUUGUUACUAAAGUUUAUCCAACGGUAGUUAGCUACCACCCUAGUUUCGGCCUCUCCAACCCCGCAGGGCCCUCGUCUCCUUCUGACGCAUGUCUGACCAACCUGGGGAGAAAUGGUGUCGUGGAUUAUUUCAAGAUCAGUUGUGCUUGUCUUUGGUACACUCUACCCAGCAUACUACUCCUACAAAGCAGUGAGAACCAGAAAUGUCAAAGAAUAUGUACGCUGGAUGAUGUAUUGGAUUGUCUUUGCACUCUACACAGUGGUGGAAACCAUAGCAGACCUCACUGUAGCUUGGUUUCCCCUCUAUUAUGAAAUAAAGAUUGCCUUUGUGAUCUGGCUAAUUUCUCCGUACACCAGAGGUGCCAGUCUGAUCUACAGAAGGCUCCUGCAUCCUCUGCUGUCUUCAAAAGAAAGGGAAAUUGAUGACUACAUUGUUCAGGCAAAAGAGCGCAGCUACGAGACCAUGGUGAACUUCGGCAAACAGGGCCUAAGUAUAGCUGCAACCGCAGCUGUCUCUGCAGCUGUCAAGGGCCAAGGUGCUAUCACUGAGAAGUUAAGGAGCUUCAGCAUGCAUGACCUGACACAGAUAUCCCAGGACGAGGGAGGAGGCCAGCUUUACCCGGGGUACUCCAGCUCGAACCCCGCUCGCAGGGGCAACAUCGCCCAGGCCGACGGAGCCGGUUAUUAUUCUCACGAGCAAGAGGAUGGGAGCGACGAGGAGGGAGACACGGUGUUCUCCGAGGACGAAGCCGUGUCCUCCCGCGGCGUCAGGCGCUCCCACAGCGUCAAAGUGGUACGCUCCAAACUCCGCCGAGACGUAAGUCCCCGUUAUGGAUCUCUGAAAAUCAAAGGCAGGAAGAGACCAGGGCUCAGCUCUGUUAACUAUGCAAGUGAGCACUAAGAAGACAACUACUGAUCUCCAGAAGCUUUAGCAAUGCAGAACAAAUGUGUGUGUACAUAUUCUUGUCUCUUCAUACUGGGUAUGGGUUCCAUUCCUGUUCACAGCAGCUGUUUACCAAACCAAUUAUUUAUUUGAAAUAUAUUGCAAUGUGUUCAAGCCUGUACAGACAGAGAAUAUAAUGUGCUUUUAAAGGGAUAGUGAUGGAUUGUUUGGAUAUUUGUGUCAUUAGUGUAGGUAUUUUAAAAGCGUGGUUUUAUUCUUCUUAACUUGAAUUUCUGGAUGUCAUUGCUUUCACAUUUGUACUGAAAAGUUCAGAUUGUUGUGGUUGUGGGGUU